AAAAAAAAGAAGAAAUAAUUCAAAUUUUAAAUUAAAAUAUUUUUUAUUAUUGCACUAAAUAUCAAUAAAAUUGGCACUUCAAAUGUACUGACACAAUUGUUGUUUUUUUUGCGUUCUAUUCACUAAUCAACAUUAUUGACAUUUUGUUGUUUAUUUACCUCUGUGUCGGACAAGUAUAAAAAUAGCACGUGGACCUUUAAAUUAUAUAUUAAGCCAGGUUUCAGUUGUUUAUUUUAUCGUGUGUAUAACUUUUGACAAUUAAAAAUGAUGGAUGUUAAAAUUGACGAUGUCGUUAUGCCAGGUGAUAUUGUUAAAGAAAUUUUUCCAAGUAAAGGAAAAAUUAAAGUAAUAUUAGGUCCUGGUCUUCGACGUGACGGCGAAAAUGUUAUUACCUGCAAAGCCGGCGUUUUAAAACGACGAGAUCCUUUUAUUUAUUAUGUCAACAGUUAUGAAAAAAGAUACGUUCCAAAUCGAGGUGAAAGUGUGGUGGGCAUUGUAACACAAAAAGCCGGCGAUAUAUUUAAAGUUGACAUUGGCUCAAGUGAACAGGCUUCUCUUUCAUAUUUGGCAUUUGAGGGUGCAUCAAAACGUAAUCGUCCCGAUGUUCAAGUUGGUGAUGUAAUUUAUGGUAAAUUACUUGUGGCAAGCAAAGACAUGGAACCAGAACUUGUUUGUGUUGAUUCAUUUGGUAAAAAAGGCAAAUUGGGCGUAUUAAGUGCCGAUGGAAUGUUAUUUUCAUGUUCAUUGAGUUUAGUUAGAAAAAUUCUCAAUCCCAAAUGUCCCCUAUUGCAUUUACUUGCAAAAGAACACAAAUAUGAGCUUGCAAUUGGUAUGAAUGGAAAAAUUUGGAUAAAAGCCGGUCCAUCAGUGGAGGAGACAAUAGCAGUGGCGAAUGCAAUUCUUGCCGCUGAAUUUACACCUGCCAAUGAAUUACCGGCGUUAUGUUCGAAAAUUGCACAAAUUAUUUUUAAAACCAGGUGACAACAUUUGUGAUAAUUAAAAUUAUAAAAGAAAA